UUAAUUCAUUGACUUUGACUUUGACAUUUCAGAUUUGAGCUUGUUUACAAUUUCUCACUCUGCUUUAAUUUUAAAUUCACGUUUUAAUCUUUUGAUUAAGAUAAUUGAGAAUCCUAUAAAGACGUUGUAUUUUUUACAACUGAAGGUAAAGGGAUAUUAGUCAUGAAUAUCGGUAGAAAGGAUGGAGGGCCCGGUUAUGUCGGUAUACAGUUCUGUCAAGAGUGCAACAACAUGCUUUAUCCGCGCGAGGACAAAAACAACAAAGUUUUGCUGUACGCCUGCAGAAAUUGCGAUUACAAACAACUGGCGGACUCCAACUGCGUAUACGUGAACAAAAUUAUGCACGAAGUGGACGAGCUGACUCACAUAAACCCUGACGUGGUGAGCGAUCCAACUUUGCCGCGCACUAAGGAUCACAUGUGUCCAAAGUGUAACCACAGGGAGGCGGUGUUCUUCCAGGGACAGACGAGACGAGCCGAGGAGGAAAUGAGACUGUACUACGUGUGUACGAGUUGUAAGCACAGGUGGACUGAGUAAACUGCUUUAUUGUUAAUUAUUAGUAUUUAAGAUUAAUAAAUUCAUUUGAAUAUAAGUAACAUUGAAAAAUUGAUUCAUUUUGCCACCACAUUAAAUAGAUGAAUUCAAGCAACAACAGUAAAGAAAUUGUUUAAAGGCAAUUAUUUACAGUAUUUGAAUAUUGGAAAAGUAUAAUCAUUAAAAUCAUAAUCAUUGUCAGAUGAAUGUCCAGUGCUGGAUAUUAGACUGCAAGCAGUGACUCCCUGUAAUGCUCGAUUGGCCUGCAUUCAGUGACUCCCUGUAAUGCUUUUUAGUUUACCUAGCAGGUCUACCUAGAAGUCUACUAAUAUUUUGGAUAAAAAGCUAUAUUAUAUUAUAU